AUGCAAACAGUGAAGAGUACGACCAAGGGUGCCACAAAGAGAGCUGGACGCCUUUGCCUUGUAUUGAAGGUUGGAGUGCUGCUGGUUUUGUGUUUACUGCUUCAUCUUCGGGCAUUGGCACAGUAUAUUCAACUCUUGGACCAGGAAGAACCCGUCAUUUCGGAUGCGCCUCCUGAACCAAAGUCACCAGUGGAGACUGUUCGAGCUGCUUCCGUUGUUGUUGACAGUAAUACCAGUACCAGUACUGGUAGUAGUGGCAAGUUUCCUUCCUUGUCCUCCAUUGUGUCAGUACAAAAUGAUGAGUAUGACCCACCUGACUUUGUUCAUGAUGAACUCUGUGGUGGCUGUCGUUUGAUCAUGGCCGCCAAGGCAAGAGGUAUGACAUGUGGCCAUUUACUCAACAAGACAGCCGAGGAACGGAGCAUUUCUCUGGUAGAGGCAGUCCCUGUGGUCGCAGAAGAUCGCAAAGUGUGUCUCAAGUGCUCCGAAUGCACUCGCUGCUUGUCCUGCCCACCCGCAAACAAGAAAUACUGGCGAUACGAUGCGGCAGCACCCACCAUUCGACAUGCCAUUUCCCAUACGCUCCCGUCGGUCUCCGUUCGAUUUCGAAUCCCCGAAUCGGUCUAUCAACCACCCACCAAAGCGAACGAGCAAUUGCAAGCAUUCUUUGCCAAACCACAAAAUGUAUAUCCGACACGAGAAUACUACUUUGAAUACAAUCCUUCCAUUGUGGUGCUACCACCCACACUCAAGGCCAAAUUGCCCAUUUCACAGUCACAAAAAGACGAAACCGUCUAUCUAGCAUCUUAUCGGCUGUCGAAUCUCCAAAGUUGUUUUGACACCGACAUUUCUUUGGCCAUGAUUGGAGGAGAUUGGUCCAAUCGACCCGAAACUUCCAACUUAUUAGGAUUGGCACUCUUGCGGCAGGACUUGACCAUGAUUCAGGACGUCGUCUUUCGCGUACCCGACAUGUUUGUCCCCUGGGUCGACUUUCGAUUGUUCAUACUCAAAGGGCAAAUAUAUCUCGCCAGCAAUUGUCAAUUGAUUCCCAUUUGGUUGCAAGAAACCAAACCACCCCAACAACCAGAUGAAAGAGGCUUUUAUCCCGUCGUGAUUCGAAUGAAGAAUCGAUUUCCCAGUCCUCUCAUUGUCUAUAUGCACCAUUUGCCGUCCGUUUGUUCCAGAUACAAUGAAGAUUUGGCGUCGGCCAAGAAUCUCAAUUACUUUGUCGAUGCAAUCGGAAAUAUCGUGGUGGAAUUUCAGCCGCACGAUCCACGGGUACUUCGUCAUGUGCGUCCCGAUGUCAUACCCAUCAAACUAUUGGCCAAACCGGAUCCCGACGUGGUGGAAUAUCGGGACGCUGUCACUCCCCUCGACAAUCCCAGUUUUUAUACACGAGAAGAACUGGAUGUGCCCAACCGCCGUGGAUUCUUUCAGGGUGUCUUGACUGGCCAUCGCGGGAGUACUUGUUGUAUUGGAAUUGAUACACCGUCGGUACUACUGAUCAGCAGCAGCAGCAGUCAGAAGAAAACCAACAGCACGCGACUGCUAAUGGGCAUUGCCCAUGUCAAGACUCCCUUUGGACGAAGGCGGCUGCAAAAGGUUGUCGAACCGAAUCAUUAUCUGAGUCGUUUUUAUGCGUUUGAGCCCACACCGCCCUAUGCGAUUGUGGCGUAUUCGGGUCUCUUUUGUUUGCCGGCAGUGCCAAAGGCAGGAACACACUCGGCGCAUCCAUUGACCAAGGUACCCAUCAAGAGCAAUUUGACCAUUGCUGGUACAAUGUAUCGUUGUCCGGCGAUCCAUUUCAUCACGGGCAUGACAGUGAAAGCAGAUGACCCUUCCAGGCUAAUUAUCGGCUAUGGGGUCGAAGAUUGCACAUCUUGGUUCAUUGAAGUGGAUUUGCAAGAAGUUCUAGGUCUCCUUGUGGGUCCACCGCAAGCAAGAGGGGAGGAGGACAUCGUAAAAGCAAGAUGA